UUCACAUCUUUGAGUCCAACUGUCCGCUGCUGCUGCUGUUGUUGUUGUUGUUGUUGUUGUUGCUGUUGCUGUUGUUGUUGUUGUUUUUAGAAGGCCCCACGCUCGCGGUGCAGCGGGGCAGACUCCGUGGAUUAUUAUGACCAUGGACAAUCGGGGGAUAGAGGACAGAUCGCUGCGUUGAGCCUUGACGCUACAGCGUCACGCAUUCAUUUCACCGAGCGCCUCGUUCUUCUCUCUCUCUCCUCUCGGUGCACACGCUGCUGCAGCUCUACAGUACUAUUCUUUUGGGGGGGUUUUGAAGUCAAAUAUCUGUGGCUAAGGAACAGAGCCAGGGUGUUGCCGGAGAUGGAAAGAGAGUAAGGAGGGAGGAGGUGUUUGGGGGGGGGCACUAUGAGGUGUGCUUUUUUUGGAAAAAGCCGGAGAAAGACGGGCACCGAGAAGGUGCACUGAUGUGCGGAGCCCUGCGACGCGCUGCCCUCCCGAGAAAUAACUGCGACCGCGGAAGAAAUGGCCUAGUUCGAACAGCAUCACUGGCACGCCGACAGAGGACAGAGGAGGAGGAGGAGAAGAAGAAUCCAGUUCGGGUGGACGGGCCGUCAUCAUCAUCAUCAUCAUCGUCGUCGUCGUCUUCGUCGUCGUCGUCGUCGUCAUCCCCAUAAUUCGGGCGCUCGCAUCGGGUCCUUUAGGUGUAAUUGGCUCACUGACUGCAGCUCUGGACCCAUCAGGAGCUCCGAAGAGGAAGACGGAUGUGACCGCAGAGUCUACCUGAGAAUGCUACCUGACCCUCCGCCUCCCCAUGUCACCCUAGGAAGACCGUCAACCCGUCCCCUCUCACACGCCCUCUUUUUGCCUUUGUUGUCCCCCAUAACCCACUGAGUUUGUGAUCCCUGUCGACAUCCCGCCGAAGUCCUAGUGAUACGACUGAAAGAGUCUUUAUUUUGGACAUGUUGUUUUUUCCUUUCAAUGCUGCUAGCCACCAAGGCUGUGGUGGGAAGCAACAUUGUACUUCUCAGCAGACUGCUAAUCUCUGCCUGGUGUGGCUCUUAGGACUGGCGCUACACCUGACCCUGUCCUCGUGUCAACGGGUGGAUCUGAAACACCCCAUAGUGUCCACGGGCUAUGGAAAGGUCCGCGGUAUCAGGAAGGACCUCAGCAAUGAGAUCCUCGGCCCAGUGGAACAGUACCUAGGCGUGCCAUAUGCCACCGCACCCAUUGGCGAGCGUCGCUUCCAGCCCCCCGAAGCUCCAGGCUCCUGGCAAGAGAUCCGCAAUGCCACCAACUUCGCGCCCGUGUGUCCCCAGAAUGUGCACGGGGUUUUACCCGAGAUCAUGUUGCCCGUGUGGUUCACGGACAACCUGGAUGCUGCAGCGACCUAUGUUCAGAACCAGAGCGAGGACUGCCUUUACCUCAACAUAUACGUACCCACGGAAGACGGUCCCCUCACAAAAAAACCCGAUGAGUCUACAAUGAACAGACCAAGGGAUGAAGAUAUUCGGGAUCGUCGCAAGAAGCCGGUCAUGCUGUUCAUCCACGGAGGCUCCUACAUGGAGGGCUCAGGGAACAUGUUCGACGGCAGCGUCCUUGCUGCGUAUGGAAAUGUCAUUGUCGUCACAAUGAACUAUCGGCUCGGUGUGCUCGGGUUUCUGAGCACAGGGGACCAGUCUGCUAAGGGGAACUAUGGCUUGUUGGACCAGAUCCAGGCCCUGCGCUGGCUCAAUGAAAACAUUGGCCACUUUGGAGGAGACCCAGAGAGAAUCACCAUCUUUGGCUCCGGUGCCGGUGCCGCCUGUGUGAACCUCCUCAUCCUGUCCCACCACUCCGAGGGUCUGUUCCAGAGGGCCAUCGCUCAGAGCGGCUCCGCCAUCUCCAGCUGGUCGGUCAACUACCGACCGCUCAUGUACACGAAGAUCCUGGCGAAGAAGGUCGGCUGCACUCUGGGGGACAUGGCCGAGCUGGUGGACUGCCUGCGCAGGAAGAGCGUCCGGGAGCUGGUGGACCAAGACAUCCAGCCCGCGCGCUACCACAUCGCCUUUGGACCCGUGGUGGACGGGGACGUGGUGCCGGAUGACCCCGAGAUCCUCAUGCAGCAGGGCGAGUUCCUCAACUACGACAUAUUGCUGGGUGUCAACCAGGGAGAGGGCCUGAAGUUUGUGGAUGACAGUGAGGGAGAAGAUGGAAUAUCAGCGGCAUCCUUCGACUACACCAUCUCCAACUUUGUGGACAAUCUGUAUGGAUACCCUGAUGGUAAAGACAUCCUGAGGGAAACCAUCAAAUUCAUGUACACCGACUGGGCCGACAGGGACAACAGCGACAUGCGUCGGAAGACCCUGCUGGCGCUCUUCACGGACCAUCAGUGGGUGGCCCCGGCCGUCGCCACUGCCAAGCUGCACGCAGAGUUCCAGUCGCCGGUCUACUUCUACACCUUCCACCACCACUGUCAGACGGAGGCGAGGCCGGAGUGGGCCGACGCGGCCCACGGAGACGAGAUCCCCUACGUGUUCGGGAUCCCCAUGGUGGGGGCCACCGACCUCUUUCCCUGCAACUUCUCCAAGAACGACGUGAUGCUCAGUGCCGUGGUAAUGACCUACUGGACCAACUUCGCGAAGACGGGAGAUCCCAACCUACCAGUUCCUCAGGACACCACCUUCAUCCACACCAAGCCCAACCGCUUCGAGGAGGUCAUCUGGACCAAGUUCAGCUCCAAAGACAAGCAGUACUUGCACAUUGGCCUGAAGCCUCGCGUCAGAGACAACUACCGAGCCAACAAGGUGGCCUUCUGGCUGGAGCUGGUGCCACAUCUCCACAGCCUCCACGAGGAAAUCAUCAGCUCCUUCACGACUCGCCUGCCGCCCGGAGGCCCCAACCGCUGGAAGGGCCCCCAGAGCCCCGGUGCCCGCUCCACACGACACCCUGUAAUCUCCACCUAUCCUCCUGAUCCCGAGCCUUACGGUUCAGAGAGACCCCGCUUUUCUCCCUUCCCCAGUGAGACCAGGGAUUACUCCACCGAGCUGAGUGUGACGGUAGCUGUGGGCGCCUCGCUUCUUUUCCUGAACGUGCUGGCUUUUGCGGCGCUCUACUACAAGCGGGAUAAGCGCCACGAACUCAUGCAGAGGCGCCACCGCCGACUCUCCCCGCAGCGAGGCACGACAAUGGGCAUGGGCAUGGGCAUGGGCAUGGGCAUGGGCGUCGGCAUGGGAGUGGUAGGGUCCCCACCGCACAAUGACCUGGCGCUGAGCCAGGAGGAGGAGCUAAUGUCGCUGCAGAUGAAGCAGCAGAGAGUGGAGCUGGAGCACGGCACACCCCUCCCGUCCCGCGGCAUCCAUGGUGACCUCGAGCCCCUGCGGCCCCCCGUGUGCCCGCCCGACUACACGCUGGCCCUGCGGCGAGCACCGGAGGACGUGCCACUGAUGACAGCCAAUACCAUCACCAUGAUCCCCAGCACCAUCAGCAGCAUGCAGCCCCUCCACCCCUUCAACACGUAUCCCCCUGUCCCGGCCCCCUCCACCACACCCGUCCCCAGCCACAGCAACAAUGCCCUGCCACACCAACACUCCACCACCCGUGUAUAGGACCAGGCACAACCUCUGCUACCCCACUUGGGGCUCACAGAGACACACCACACAAACUGUUCCAUACAAACUUCACUCUCGCCGCCAACCCUCUCUUCUUCUUUACUAUAUCUUUGUCCUAUCACAUUCAGCCCUCGAAUAAAGCUGCAGUUUGUAAGAUGUUAAGCAGUGAAAUACCUCUAAAAUGUAAAACAUAAAUCAAGGAGUUGAUUUAAAAAACGCUCCUACAUGCCGUUUUGCCCCGUGGACACCCCGUCAAUAUCUGGUGCUUAGUAUGAGCCACCGAAAAAAACGCAGCUUCAACGCUCGCAGCUCUCUCUCUCUCUCAACGGGACAUGGAGCUAAUCACAAUCAGACGGGCGUCUUAUGUGCAGCUUGGUUGUUUUUUGCGCAUGUGUAGUCUUGUCAGUGUAGAACUAAGUUUAACAUAGAAUACAAAUAGUCAUUUUUGUUCAUUUAGCGAAAAGAUAUUACAGUAGCGAGCAGCUUCGCGUGAGGCAACAUAUGCUCCAGCAAGCUGUCUGUCAUAAAGCGGUGAUUUUCUCGAAACUUACAAAUUGCAGCUUUAAAGGCCCAAUCUGGAAGUGACGUUUGGCACCCGGUGCCGAGCGCCGUGUCCCGCAGCUGUUUCUGUGAUCGGAUUCUGGAGGAUUUUACUUAGUGUGAAAUGUAUUGACAGGGGCCGGGGAGAGCGAGGCAGAACACGAUUUGACAGAACAUGGUGAGUUUUUCACUUUCAUUUGAAAAACAACAAAAAUCCACACACUCAGAAGUGACGCUCUCAAAAAAAGACAUUUCCAGAUUGGGGCUUCAAUUGACGGGUGGUACAGGAAAUAACUGAAUCAUACUCGGUCUGUGGGAUGCAACCUGGAAUCCAGGCUGCCCAUUAGAACUCGCCGCAUCUCCACCACACAGGCUCUUAUCAUGUCCAUUACUUUAUUUGUCCUCACUCAUUAUCUCUCUGUCUGUAUCCCCCAUCUCAGCUCAUUUAACUGCUUCUCUCUUUUUCGUCGCCUCACUCACUCUCUCUCUCUCUCUCUCUCCGUCUCUCUGUCUCUCUGUCUGUAUCUCCCCUAGUAUCUCCUUUUAUUAAAACCAUCGGCAUAAUCCAUUUUCCAUCUCCACUUCUUUCCUCUUUCUCACAAUCACUUCUAGACUCUUUUUUCCUUUUGGAGUCUUUUAUACAAAAACACAAAUGUAAAUUAUGUAUUAUUAAUAAAUUGUAAGGAUAUGAAUGAACAAAAAAAAAAAAGAUAUUCUGAUAUCUCGUUUUUACCAGCAUUCUUGGUGCCAAGUACUGUGAUAAAGUUCCUCUUUCACUGGCGUCCAGUGGACCGCCUGGAGAGGUCCGUCCUGACUGUAUCUUACAAAAGGAAUUACCAUCAUAAAAAGUGCCAACCCCCCUCAUCUUUCUUUUUGAUCCACACAGGUUUCUUUUCUUUUUUUAAUGACACUCAAUGUUGCACUGUGGCUGGUCUCUUCUUAAAAAGGGAAAUCAGAUCAAAUCAAUAUAUCCUCGUUUAAAAAAAAAGGAAGAAUAUAGAAUUUUAUUAACUUUGUUGCUGUCUGGGAUAUUUGCAUGAUGUUUUUAUUUUUCCUAAAGAGUGUGGACAGAGGACUUUGUUUGCCGUUUUGGAUUAUUUGCCUUGUUCUUCAUCAGUUUGUUUAGAUUUUUUUUUAUUUUGAAAAAUCAUUUUCAUUUUCUAUUUUAAUAUCAACUGCACUUUGUGGCACUUCAAAAGGUAUUAAAAGUAUUAAGAGAUGAAUAUUGUGUAAAACUAUGAUUAUAACAAAGAGAGUAAAUAUUUCCUCUUUAUUUUUUUCAUUUCCUAACACCGAGGCUGUGCUGCAAAACUACCAGAAAGACUGAUGAAAGCCUUUAUCCCCCCCGAUUCUUUUUGUUCUGCUCUGUUUCUCUGUCGAGUUUGCACAGUCACCGUCUCAAUCUCACCUGAAGAUAGCACUUUUUUUUAAGUUACAAAAAAAAAAAGAAACUUUACAUGAAUAGUCUAAAUAAGGUUUUGGUCAGUGACUGACAUAAACCACAUGCUUCAAGUGUUUGAAGACUGCCUGACGCUUAUCUUUUCGUCUGCUCUUUCGUUGUUGUUUUACGAUUCUCCCUUCGGCCAGGCGGGAGAAGGGAUGAGAUAUAUUUAUGACGGUCAAAAGGUGAGGAAGCCUUGUAUGCGCAUUUCACAUCUUUCGCACAAUUGAACACAGAGACGGGUCACACUCUGAACAAUUCUGGGAAGAAAGAAAACAACAACAACAACAACAACAACAACAACAACCCCCCGGUGACUUUAGAACAACACUGGACAAACGCCAACCGUGAUUCAACGGGUGACGAGGAAAUAGCAGCGUCAGCUACAGUGCGAUCUGUCGAUGCGCAGAGGGUGCGUUCUAAAAAACCUGAUUUUAAAAAAAGAAAAUUAAUGACAGACAUUACUCACACACCAUAUACCACAAAAGCAAGGCGAGCGGGACUGACUCCCGCUCCUUGUAAUGUUCUGUAUCCUGUCUGCUUAGGACAACGUCACUCUGGAGCCAGACUGCCAUCCCUCACACUGGACAGGAGCGAGCCGCCGGGACAAAAAGAUCAAAAAACCCAACACCUGGAACAAACUGUACAUUUUUUUAAGUGUAAGAGAACAAACUGGAAUUUGUAAAUAUUAUGUUUGUCGUUUGGUUUGAGUGAUUGGCCGGAUCUUUUUCUUUGUGACAACAGGUGCAAGUUUAGAUGACUUACAUGAUUUUAGCACUCAUGCGUAUAUGUUUGUAUGUUUAUUUCCUAGAUCUCAAGGGGUAUAGUCCAGUAGGUUGUGGGCACAUGCAUACAUCUAUUAAUACUUAAUUUUUUUUUUAAGAAACCACAGCAUGGUUCAGGUCAACAUAACGAAGAAAAGGGAAUGCUUUUGGCUCAGGGUAGCCUACAUAUUGUGGUGAUAUCAAAAUGCUCUUACUGCAUAUAUGGCUGUCUAAUCAAUACCGUACACACCCGGCACUACCCCAUCCAUCAUGGGACGGAAGCUUUUAAAUGAAACGAGUCCUUUUGUUGGUUUUUAAAGCCGAAGAAGAUCUGCAGAGAGCAGACGAAGGGAGGGGAAAGGGGGAGGAUUCCAGAAACGAGGCAGAAAAGGGACAUAUGAUGUGUCGAACGUGCUCAAAACUAACCACCAAUCGAGACAUUUCACCUGCGAUGCUGUUGGAUUUCAAUUGUCCGUGUGUCACGUCGUCUUGACCAUUGUCAUACAAUAUAACGCGAACCGGGAGGUUGUGAAAUCCCUUGUACUGUUUUGGUCUUAUUUCAGACUCUUAAUUAUGGUGGUUGACUCUUUAUCUUUUGCAAUUUUGUCUGAAAAUUCUGUUUACGGGAUUAUUGACCCAGCUAUUUGAUGUGAGUUUGAGUUGCCCACGCUUCCAACAACAGCAUUUCAAAUACUUCUUUUAUUCUUUUUCUCUCUUUUUUUGGAAACAAAGGUUUGGACAGCCAACAGAAAAUGGAAGCACACUCACCAAGUUUACACGUUUACACUACAGUUGUGUUGUUGGCUUGAAACAAGGGACAAACUGGGGGUAAAAAAAAUUUAAAAAAGCAUUAGAAGAAUCCAGAUAUCUUCUUAUUACAACAUUAAAUGCUGGAAUGGUAAAGCGAUGGCUUGCACCUGUUUGUCUGUUUCAUUUAGUCUUAUUCAGUAACCUGCUUGAAGCUCGAGAUACUGUGAGAGAGCAUUAAUGACCAGAUGGGGUUGAAAGAAUUAAAGUUAAUAUUUCUAUUUCAAAUAGAGGCUAUUACACACUGUAUGUUGUGUAUCUGAACUGGAAAACAUUAAAAGACAUUCUUAAACAAAC